UACUCAUUUAUAUUCAAUGAUUCAUUCAGUCAAUAUGCUCUCUCUCUCAAUGGCAAGAGGAAUCAUGAGCUUCCCUGCAGUAUUGACAACCCUUUUCGUUCUUUUGCUAUUUCAUCAAACUUGCAGUGUUAAGGAUAUUCAUCUUACCGAGGCAGGAAACGGUACUUGUUCUCCUUCUUCCUGUGGCAGUAUCCAAAACAUAAGCUAUCCAUUUCGAUUAAUGGAGGAUCCACCAAACUGCGGCGACCAAAGGUAUAAGCUGUCUUGUGAGAACAACAUUGCUGUCUUAUACUUAUAUGGUGGAAAGUACUAUGUUCGGGAAAUCAAUUACAGUGACUACACAAUCCGAGUAGUAGACUCGGGUAUUCAGAGGGCUAAUUUCUCCUCUAUCCCUCGUUAUUUUCUAACCGAUUAUAAUUUUAGUUAUGUGGAUCCAUAUUCUUACCCAGAAGGAACCUAUUAUUUUAAUAAGGUGGAUUCAAUUUAUUACGCACGAACGAUUAGUAUAGCUUUCUUGAGCUGUGAAAAGCAAGUGAUUAAUUCAGAGUACAGUGAUUUGAACAUUCCAACUAAUUGCUCUGAGAAGGGAGUAUAUUCUUCCAAGUACUCUUCAUCAUCUUCCCAGAUGCAUAGAUAUGUUGCAUAUGAUCUCACUCCAUUACCAGAGGAGGUGGAGGAAUCUUGCCGACUAGAUAUAAUAUCCCUAAUAUCGUUGGAAGCCGAUGGAUAUACAGAAGCAGCCCAUCGAUAUAAAAAAGCAGCUCCUUCCUGCGAAGAGAUCCACAACGAAUUGUUAUAUGGUUUUAUGCUUUAUUGGUUCCAAGUUUAUUGUAAAUGCGACGCCGGACCAAGCAUGUAAAUUGAGGAUCCACCAAACUGC